GCUUUGCAACGACUGCAAGUAUUUUGCAUACUGAAUAUUUGAAGCGAAAAAUCUUGAAAAUGAUACUUAAAUUUAUGGUGUUUGGAUGCCUUUUUUUGCUUUUUAUAAGCAAAGUAAAUGCAGAAGAAUGCGACACCAUUGCAUUAUGCAAAGAGAUCAUAACACGCGAAGUAAAUGCACUGAAACGUUCCAUGCAAGGUUCUCAAGGGCAAGCUGGAAUGCCAGGAAAUUCGGGUAUUCCGGGUUCUCCUGGUCCCCCAGGUUUAGAUGGUGUAAAGGGUGAAAAGGGUGAUUUUGGAAUGGGACCAUUUUAUUUUCUUGAACAGGGAAAAACAGAUCAGCAACUGCUCGAGAAUGAAAUGAUGAAUAUUGUUGAGAACAUGUGGCAAGCACAACUUCCUGCUAUUCAACGUCUUGUUACUAUAAACGCACUCAAAGGAGUACAGGGGGCACAGGGCCCACCUGGAGUAAAAGGAGAUAGAGGCAAAAAUAUUCCACAGAUUCCAGGAAUACCCAGUGGAAAAUAGAUCCCUUUGCACUCCUCCCCGUUCGAGUGAAAGACAUCACGCAGAUAUAUUUUUUUACUUCAUGUAUUUCUUCUGCUCUGCAUCUUUAUCUAGGAAGCAAGAUUUUUUUUUUAAUUGAAAACUAUAAUUCAAUGUAAAAUUGUAUGAAAAAUUAUGGUUAUUAAA